AUGCCUACCAUCAACGUCGACAAGUACCGGCUCUUUGAAGAGCUCGGCGAGCAGUUCACCGAGGAGAGCUUCCAGCAGCUUUGUUUCGACUUUGGCAUUGAGCUCGACAAGGACACCGAGAAUGACCCUUCGCGCCCCAAGGAUCAGAAGCCCGAGUUGGCGAUCGAGAUUCCCGCCAACCGUUAUGAUAUGUUGUGCUUCGAGGGAAUUGCGAUGCACCUAAACAUCUUCCGCGGGAAACACGGGACACCAAACUGGAAGCUGGCCGACAUCCCAGAGGACAAGAUGCAGACCCUCAUCAUCACCAAGGAAACAGAGCAGGUCCGCCCCUAUGCUGCCGGCGCGAUCCUUCGCAACAUCAAGUUCACCCAGGACUCCUACGACUCCUUCAUCAGCCUGCAGGACAAGCUCCACCAGAACCUUGCGAGACAACGAACACUGGUUGCCAUCGGUACCCACGAUCUCGACACAAUCCAGGGCCCCUUCACCUACGAGGCCCUCCCACCCAAGGACAUCAACUUUGUCCCCCUGAACCAGACCAAGAAGAUCAACGGUGAGGAGCUCAUGAGCUUCUACGAGACCGACAGACAUCUCGGUCGUUACCUCCACAUCCUCCGCGACAAGCCCGUCUACCCGGUUAUCCUUGACGCGAACAGAGAGAUCUGCUCUCUCCCCCCCAUCAUCAACAGCGAGCGCUCCAAGAUUACCCUCGAUACCAAGAAUGUCUUCAUCGACAUGACUGCAACCGAUCAGACCAAGCUGGAUAUUGUCUGCAACAUCAUGGUCGCCAUGUUCUCUCAGUACUGCGCCGAGCCCUUCACAAUCGAGCCUGUCAAGGUGGUUUCCGAGCACAACGGCACCACCCGGGUAACGCCAAGCUUGGCUGCCCGCACUAUGGAUGUUGAGGUUGACUACCUGAACCAGGUUACUGGCCUGAGCGAGUCCCCCGCGUCUAUCUGCAAGUUGUUGAGCAAGAUGGCGUACAAGGCUGAACCAUCUUCGGAUCCCAAGUUUGUCAAGGUUACUGUGCCACCAACUCGUGCUGAUGUUUUGCACCCUUGCGAUGUGAUGGAAGAUGUUGCCAUCGCCUACGGUUUCAACAGCCUCCCCCGCUCAUCACCAAACAGGUCUGUAACCAUCGGCAAGCCUCUCAUGAUCAACAAGCUCAGCGAUAUCGUCCGUACCGAAUGCGCCAUGGCCGGCUGGGUUGAGGUCAUGCCUCUCAUUCUCUGCUCGCACGAGGAGAACUUCGAGUGGCUUAACCGUGUCGAUGAUGGCAAAACCGCCGUCAAGCUCGCCAACCCCAGAACCGUCGAGUAUCAAGUCGCGCGGACAUCCCUCCUCCCAGGUCUCCUCAAGACGCUCAGCGAAAACAAGGCGAUGAAGCUGCCUCUCCAGAUCAUCGAGUCGGCGGAUGUCGUCUUCAAGGAUGAGUCCCUUGAGCGCAAGGCGAGAAACGAGAGGCGGUGGGCGGCUGCUUACUAUGGCAAGACGAGCGGUUUCGAAAUCGUACACGGCUUGCUGGACCGCGUCAUGACGAUGCUGAAGGUUGCCUUUGUAACGCACGAGGAGGGCCUAGAGGGCAAGAGCAUCGACUAUGCGGUCAAGGAGAACCCAAGCAAGGCCGAUGGGUAUUUCAUCCAGGAGAUUGACGAGCCAACCUUCUUCAAGGGGAGGGCGGCUGCGAUUUAUGUGAGGUUGGGUGGUGAGCUGAAGAGGAUUGGCGAGUUGGGUGUGUUGCACCCGACGGUGUUGGAGAAGUUUGAUCUGAGAUACCCGGUGAGCACUUUGGAGAUUAACCUUGAGGUGUUCCUUUGA